AUGAUUAUUGCUGAUACCGUUUUUUUUAUAGAUACGGCCAUAUCCAUUUCGGCUGUCACCCCGACGCGAGUAAAUUCUUUCAUCGUUACAAAGAUCUCAUUAUGGACGGACCUCAGAAGAUUGGGAUCAGAUUUGCGCCUCAAAUUAUUUCAACACAAAUCGGAAGGUUGUUAUUUGGAGGUACCAGGAAACAACAACCCUAGGAUUGAACCACCUUCAACAAUCCUUGAAACUGAGGAGCAACGAAAUCAACGAAAUCAUGAAGAAGAACUCGAGAAAGCCCGUAAAGAAAAAAGACCAAAAAUAUAUAAUGAAGGACGGCCAGGAAACAAAAAACCUAGGAUUGACCCUCCUUCAACAAUCCUUGAAAUUGAGGAACAACGAAAUCACGAAGAACUCGCGAAGAAAUAUAUUUUCAAGGACAGCUUGGAACUGAAGAACACAAAAAAGAAAUCCCCUUUGCUAUAUGUGAUGACGUUGAGAGGCAUGUGUAUGCAUGUUGCUAGUUUAGUGCAUUCUGUCAUGGCCGAGCUUGAAACUUUUAACAUGCCAGGAACAGUAAUCGUUAAUCUUCCAAAUAACCUCAGCCUUAAUCUAAAACUUCCAAAAAGAAUUGAUGAAGAAUCCAUAUUUCAAGCCUAUCUAGUACCUAGAUUCAAAGAAUUAUAG